AUGAUGGGGACCUUCUCCUCUGGCUUCCUGCUCUGCAGCCUGCUGGUUCUUCUCCAGAAGCCUGGGGCACAGGGGCUGCCCCCACAGGCCAGAGCAGGGCACCUCUGCAGGACGAGACCUACAGAUCUGGUGUUCAUCAUUGACAGCUCCCGCAGUGUGCGUCCCCAUGAAUUUGAAAAGGUCAAGGUCUUCUUGUCACAAGUCAUUGAGUCCUUAGAUGUGGGGCCCAACACAACUCGGGUAGGAGUGAUCAACUAUGCUAGUGCGGUCAAGCAUGAGUUCCCCCUCAAGGCUCAUCGGAACAAGGCCAGCCUACUGCAGGCUGUGCGGAAGAUUGAGCCCCUCUCCACAGGCACCAUGACAGGCCUGGCCAUCCAGUUUGCCAUCAACAAGGCCUUCAGUGAAGUUGAGGGAGCCCGGCUCAAGUUCCCCGAGAUCAGCAAGGUGGCCAUCGUGGUGACAGAUGGUCGGCCUCAGGAUGGUGUGAAGGACGUCUCUGUCAGAGCUAAGCAGAGUGGCAUUGAGCUCUUUGCCAUUGGGGUGGGUCGAGUGGACAAGCACACCCUGAGACAGAUUGCCAGUGAGCCACUGGAGGAACAUGUGGACUACGUGGAGAGUUACAGCGUCAUUGAGAAGUUAUCCAAGAAGUUCCAGGAGGCCUUCUGUGUGGUGUCAGAUCUGUGUGCCACUGGAGAUCACGAUUGCCAGCAGAUCUGCAACAGCUCCCCAGGCUCCUAUACCUGCUCUUGCCGGGAUGGCUUCACCCUGAACAGUGAUGGGAAAACCUGCAGUGCUUGCAAUGGCGCCGCUGGAGGCUCUGCCACUGACCUUGUCUUCCUGAUUGAUGGGUCCAAGAGUGUCCGCCCAGAGAACUUUGAGCUGGUGAAGAGGUUCAUCAACCAAAUUGUGGACUCCCUGGAUGUGUCUGACAAACUGGCACAGGUGGGCUUGGUACAGUACUCUAGCUCAGUCCGGCAAGAAUUCCCCCUGGGCAGAUACAAAACCAAGAAGGACAUCAAGGCAGCAGUCAAGAAGAUGUCCUAUAUGGAGAAGGGCACCAUGACUGGGGCAGCUCUGAAAUACCUCAUUGACAACACCUUCACCAUCUCCAGUGGGGCACGGCCUGGUGCCCAGAAGGUGGGCAUCGUCUUUACUGAUGGCCGUUCCCAGGAUUACAUCAACGAUGCAGCCAAGAAAGCCAAGGAUCUUGGGUUUAAGAUGUUUGCUGUGGGUGUUGGCAACGCGGUGGAGGACGAGCUGAGGGAGAUCGCUUCGGAACCCGUGGCAGAGCAUUACUUUUACACGGCUGACUUCAAGACCAUCAACCAGAUUGGCAAGAAACUUCAGAAGAAGAUUUGUGUGGGACUGAAGUGGGGACGAGGGGUGUCCGACGGGGCCCACACGACAAGGGAUGCUCUUUGCCUUGUUUCAGAUCAGGUGCUGGGAUUUCUGGCUCUGCUGACCCACGAGGUGAUGUAA